CUGACACAUCUCCCAGCUUGGUGUGGUUUUGUUUUCCCCAGAUCUCUGGGGAGGGUGACCAAGCCGUUGACACUUGCCCUCUCGCUCAGCCCCUGGGGAUAACAAGCUGGUCCUGCUUGUCCCUGCCCCUGCCUUCUUGUUGCUGAGGAGCAACAACUGGUGCCCCGUGUGAGGAAUGCUUUGCUGAUGAGCUAAUUGGACCACUGAGUCCACAAUGAACCCAAUGAUGCUGGUCUUCCUGUUAAUAGCGAUGAAUCUCCCAUUAGCUAAGACAGGAUUUGGAGAUCUCGGUCAAGCAAGGGCCAUACUACGAAAGACCAUCAGAGACCCCUGCAUGGCCUGUGCUUUCACCAAGACCCCUCCCCCCGUAACCUGUUAUACUUCUACCAAAACCUGCCCUAAUGGGCAAUAGGCAGCUACUCUUACGAAAGGGAGAGAAAAUGGAUGCCCUGGAAGGGUUCUCGAUCACAAAUGUUGGCAAGGCCCCAAAGUAUCCUCACCUGCCCCAGGGAAACCCCCCCCUCUAAUUGUCCUUGCACCACUUUUCAAGCCUCCAUUCAUGCUACAUGCUAUCAGGAAGUUUGCCCCUGUACUCACUGUAACAAAACAUACCGGUAUGCAAUUCUGACAAAAGGCAAGGCUGAAUACGCUGACAGUCGAAAGAAUAGGGGACAGCAAGUCUGUUGGAAUACAUAUGCCCCUAUAGGCAUCUCUGAUGGGGGUGGAGUUCAAGAUCACGCUCGACAGCACAAAAUUAAAAAUCUGUUAGACAGGCUGAUUGAAGACCAAAAUCCCCCGAUUUACCACCCUCUUAGCUUCCCGGAGAUCAGGGGAGAAUUGCUUCUUGAUCCUGAAACACAAUCAAUCAUACAGGCUGCUUUUACCUUAUUCAAUAGAACCAAUCCUGAUUUAGUGAAGGAUUGCUGGCUGUGCCUGAAGCCGGGACCAUUGUGGGCCAAUGCUCUUCUUGUUAACCUUUCACAGGCCGAGCCCCAGUGCCAGCUGUUACCCCCAAGUUCUAGAGUCUAUCUAGACCCUCUUUCCCCUAAAGGCCCAUGCUUCAAAGCUGACCCCAGUUCUGAUAAUACUAGUGAGACAGAUGUGGGCCGAAUCCACUAUUCUUUUUGUCAACAAAAUAUUACUGUGAAUAAUACCUUUCUCUGUCCCCCUAAUGGAACAGUCUUCAUUUACAGGGAAGAUGCAUUUGGCUUUCUCCCGACAGGCUGGAUGGGACUUUGUGCUCCAGCUGUAAUUUUCCCUGACAUUGGAGUGGUCCCUAAUAAUCAGACCCUCCCUAUUCCUGCUUUAGAGCACAUUGGAGGUAGAUCAAAAAGGGCCAUUCAGUUUAUCCCCCUGCUUCUGGGCCUUGGGGUGGCCACCAGGGCUGUCACAGGGGCAGCAGGAUUGGGGACCUCUCUGCAUUAUUAUAAAGCCCUUUCUCAACAGAUGAUUGAUGACAUACAAGCUGUAGCCAGCACAAUUCUUGACCUUCAAGCACAAUUAGAUUCCCUUGCAGCAGUAGUCCUACAGAACCAUAGGGGGCUUGACCUCCUCACUGCUGAAAAGGGAGGCUUAUGUCUCUUUUUAUAGGAAGAAUGCUGCUUCUAUGUGAACCACUCCAGCAUAGUCCAAAAUAAGGUCAAACAACUUUAAGAAGACCUCGAGAGACGCAGACAAGAAUUACAAGCCAAUUUUCUUUAGACUGAGUUACAUAGGUGGUUACCCUAUUUUCUGCCCCUCCUUGGUCCUAUCCUUCUUUUGCUCCUACUUUUCACUUUUGAGCCCUGCCUUGUUAACAAGAUUAUCCAGUUUGUCCAAAAAAGAAUUGAAUCAAUUCAGUUGAUGAAAGUGCAAGUACAAUACCAGAGGCUUGCCACAGAAGCCAGUGACCCCUGCAGUCGCUGUGAGCCUUAAGAUGAGACCGUGCCCAUUGAUUCCCCCUAACUAUCUCCCCGUGUGCCAAGGACAGGUAAGAUCUCCAAAGUGGAGACAACCUAAGACAGGCCCCGGAGGAUUAGUAAACUUGGGACAACCGAGGAGCUGCAAGGUACCCAGUGAUGGGUAAGAUCCCCAGAGGGGGACAACCUAAGACAGGGGCCUUGCCCACCGGGACAUCCCAGAGCAUUUAUAAAACAAAAAGGGGAAUUGUUGGGACCUUUUGCCUCUUUUGGGCUUGUGACUAUGAGGCGGCCGCAGGCUGGAGGUUUCCACCCUCCCUCAUUACUUCUGCAUUUGUGGCCCAACUGAGUUCCAGGCAUGCGCUCUUGGCCCUAACUCCGCCCCACCACCUAACCUAAAACCUGCCUAAGACCCUAGUGACAGAUGAGAUAAUUAAUUCCCAUUGGUUUCCGUUACUUCCUUAUC